CCAGGCCUCCGUCCCCAUUGCAAACCCUAGCAGCAGCUGCGCGUGGACGGGUUUUUCUGACCGACAACUAGAUCGAUCGAACUACUCUACCCAAACAUGUCCACGCCGCCGCGACGGUGGACCGAGCUCCCGCCUGAACUGCUCGCCGCCAUCUCCGGCCGCCUGCACGACGCCACCGACUUUGUCCGCUUCCACGCCGUCUGCGUCUCGUGGCGGGAAUCGCUGCGACCCCAGACGACCGUGCUCCGCCCCCUCCUCUUCCCCUGGCUCGUCGCCCGGCCGUCCUGCCGCCGCGUCGGGCUCCGCUGCGUCUUCUCCAAGACGAGCUACCACGCGGAGGUCCACCCGAGCUUCCACGAGCUCGGGUGGGUGGCAAAAGCCGACGGCACGGCGUACUGGUUCUUCAGCCACGGCGGCCCUAAUAAUAAUAAGCUGGUCGACCCUCUCACCGGAGACGCCACCCCUCUGCCGCCCUUCCUGCACGUCGAUGAUAAGUGGAAUAUCGCAGACAAGUCCCAUGGCGUCGUCUAUGGCGACGGAACCGUCUUCCUCUACAGCUUCUGCAAACCGGAGGAUGACCCUGAGCAAGGGACGGCGUACACGGCCAUCCGAGCGGCCAUCCUCAGUCCCGGCGACACCACGUGGACGGUCGUCCAGAGAGGGCUCAGGAUUGGGAGGAACAACCUAUGGUUCGAAAACAAUCAUGGUGAAGAGAACCGUUGCUUUGCCGCGUACCACGACGGCAAGAUCCUGGUGUGCGUGAGCGGGGAUACUCGCAAUGACAUCUGGCACCUCCUGGUGCCGUCUGCGGGAACCAUGCACACUGCCAUUAUUGUUGAAAACGAUGACAUGUGCGCUACGUCAUGUCGUCUUGUCUCCAGCCACAUACUUGAAUCCCGCGGCGAGUUGCUGCGACUGUCCGUCCUACUCCGUUGGCCCAAUCACCGGAUCUCGGUGCAUCAGCGCCACAGCAACGAGGCACAGGCGCACGCACUCACGGUUAGGGUGCACGCACUCGUGGAAGAUGCCGGCGUAGGUGGUAGACGUACAAUGCGGUGGGCGAGGAGGGACGACGGCCUGAGCUUCGCCGACCGUGUCAUGUUUCUAGGGUUCCCAGGCAGCUUCACAGUGGACGCCGCAAGGUUUUGCGGCGGGGAGGACGACGUGAUCGGCGGGUGCGUUUACUUCUUCCUGCGGUGGUCUAGAGUAUACAACUUGUCGUAUUCGUCAUCGACUGGCGUGUUCAGGCAUAACCUCAUCGACAACAAAACCAAGUUCAUGGAGUACCUGCCGCUAAAUUGGUGGGGCAGUCAAAAUGGUGCGGGUAUGUGGCUCGUCCCCGGGCCUCCCAUUGCUCAAGUCCAGGCAAUUAGAGAAAGGCUGGAGGCUCCAAAGGCAAAUAGCUCUAUCCUCAAGGAGAUGCCAUCGGAACGGUCCAAGGAACCCUUCUUCAGUUUCGUCGUGCAGAACUUGCCUCCAAACAUGGACAACUCUUUGUUGCACCGCUUCUUUACCAAGCAUGGUGAAGUUUCCACUGCCGAGGUGACCUCACCUAGGAUGGGACGUGUUACCAUAGCAAUGGUGGCGGUGGACAGGCCGGAUGAGGCCGAGGCCAUCCUCAAUGGGUUGGUACUAAAUGGCUAUACCCUCAUAGUGAGUGUUUGUACCACAAAGUCCAAGUUGUCGGUGUCCAAGUUGCCAGUGAUUGCUUGAAAUGUUCCCACCUUAA